CUCUCAACAUGUCACAAGUGUUUGAUACACUUGGGGGAAUUAAUUUCCCAAUCUCUGGACAAAGUGGUUAAUCCUUAAAUUCGGACUUGGAGAGACGCAAAGCCUGGGUCUAAGCAGGAUAACCGCCCGCCUGGGGAAAUGCCUACUGUAUACUAAACGCGCCCCAUAUUCACUCCAGUUGCACUAACCGGAACCUUCAGGUUGCUACUCCCGUUUCCGGAGGGAGGGAAAGAAGAACGGAGGAUUUACCAAGUCAGACGAGGAUGACACGGCAUGGCAAGAACUGCACAGCAGGAGCCGUCUACACCUACCACGAGAAGAAGAAGGACACAGCGGCCUCGGGCUACGGGACCCAGAACAUUCGACUGAGCCGGGAUGCUGUCAAGGACUUUGACUGCUGCUGCCUCUCUCUGCAGCCCUGUCAUGACCCUGUUGUCACCCCGGAUGGCUACCUAUAUGAGCGGGAGGCAAUCCUGGAGUACAUUUUGCACCAGAAGAAGGAGAUCGCCAGGCAGAUGAAGGCCUACGAGAAGCAGCGGGGGGCCCGGCGGGAGGAGCAGAAAGAGCUGCAGCGGGCUGCGGCCCAGGACCAGGUGCGGGGCUUCCUAGAGAAGGAGGCAGCCAUCGUAAGCCGGCCCCUCAACCCCUUCACGCCCAAGGCAGCCUCUGGGAACAGCCCAGAUGAUGCCCGACCUGGGUCCAGUGCAGGCCCCACAAGCAAGGACAAGGACAAAGCGCUGCCCAGCUUCUGGAUCCCGUCGCUGACCCCCGAGGCCAAGGCCACCAAGCUGGAGAAGCCUUCGCGCAUCGUGACCUGCCCUAUGUCCGGGAAGCCACUGCGCAUGUCGGACCUGACCCCCGUGCGCUUCACGCCGCUCGACAGCUCCGUGGACCGCGUGGGGCUCAUCACACGCAGUGAGCGCUACGUGUGCGCCGUGACCCGCGACAGCCUGAGCAACGCCACGCCUUGCGCUGUGCUGCGGCCCUCUGGGGCUGUGGUCACCCUGGAGUGCGUGGAGAAGCUGAUUCGGAAAGACAUGGUAGACCCCGUGAAUGGGGAGAAGCUGACAGACCGCGACAUCAUUGUGCUGCAACGGGGCGGUACAGGCUUCGCGGGCUCUGGAGUGAAGCUGCAGGCUGAGAAGUCGAGGCCCGUGAUGCAGGCCUGAGUGCACGGGAGACCAAAUAAACGGGCUGGGACUCACUGGC